AUGAAAACUGCACGAUAUUCCCAUAUAGCAUCCGUAUUAACAAAUGGAAACGUGUUAGUUACUGGUGGAGAUAAUGGUAUUUCUCCUCUAAAUAGUGCUGAGUUGUAUGAUCCAUCAACAGGCACUUGGACAAUGACUGGUAGUAUGAAUAAUUCACGACGUGGACACACAGCAUCCGUAUUAGCCAAUGGAAAAGUGUUAGUUGCUGGUGGAUAUAAUGGUACUUCUCUAAAUAGUGCUGAGUUGUAUGAUCCAUCAGCAGGUACUUGGACAAUGACUGGUAGUAUGAACAUUAUACGAAUUGGAUACACAGCAUCCAUAUUAACAGACGGAAAAGUGUUAGUUACUGGUGGAUGGGGUGAUUUUUUUCCUAAAAUUAAUGCUGAGUUGUAUGAUCCAUCAACAGGAACUUGGACAACGAUUGGUACGAUGAAUAAUGCACGAUAUUUACAUUCAGCAUCCGUAUUAACAAAUGGAAGCGUAUUGGUCACCGGUGGAUUAUGGGAUCAGCGUGCUUUGAAUAGUUCAGAAUUAUAUUAA